AAAGCAGUAUCCUUUUAAUUAAUUAGAAGAUUAAUUAUCUAGCUAAUUAUGGCUUUGGCCCUGAAGUUUCUUGUUAUCACCAUUGCCAUAUUGGCUUUGACAUCUUCACCUAGCACUGCCUCAGACCCAAGUCCCUUACAAGAUUUCUGUGUUGCUGUUAAUGACUCUAAAGCAACUGUUUUCGUGAAUGGAAAAGUUUGCAAGGAUCCAAAACUUGUCACAGCUGAUGACUUCUUCAGACCAGGCCUAAACAAGCCUGGAAAUACGUCAAAUCAACUUGGAUCAAUUGUUACUGCUGUCAACGUCAACAAUUUACCUGGGCUCAAUACUUUAGGCAUUUCUUUAGCUCGUAUUGAUUUUGCACGACGUGGUCUCAAUCCACCUCAUACACAUCCUAGAGGAACCGAGGUUCUUGUUGUUCUUAAGGGAAGACUCUAUGUUGGUUUCGUCCUUUCUAACCCUGGCCCAAAUAUGAAGAACAAGUUAUUCACCAAGAUUUUGAACCCUGGUGAUGUCUUUGUUUUUCCCGAGGGUCUAAUUCAUUUUCAACUUAACGUGGGAAAGACUAAUGCCAUUGCGUUUACUGGUUUGAGCAGCCAAAAUGCAGGAGUUAUCACUAUUGCAAAUGCAGUAUUUGGUUCAGAUCCACCAAUUAAUGAUAAUGUCCUCUCUAAAGCAUUUCAAGUUGACAAGAAAGUGAUUGAUGAUCUUCAAGAAGAAUUUUGGUGGGAUAAUAACUAAAAGUAUAAACCAAC